AUGCCUGUGGCCAUGUGGGACUUUAAACAUUGCGAUCCGAAACGUUGCUCGGGCGUGAAGCUCGCUCGUACCAAUAUGUUAAAGACGUUGAAGCUCAACCAACGAUUCAGAGGCAUUGUUGCCAGUCCGGAAGGUGAAAAGGCCGUAUCUCCAGCGGAUCGACGUAUUGUAGAACUUUACGGUGCGGCCGUGGUAGAUUGUUCGUGGGCAAGAUUGGAAGAAGUUCCCUUUUCAAAAAUUCGUGGCCCUACCGAUCGAUUGUUACCAUAUCUGGUUGCCACCAAUCCAGUGAACUAUGGAAAACCAUGGAAAUUAAACUGUGCCGAAGCCUUGGCAGCCAUCUUUUAUAUUACAGGAUACCCUGAACAUGGUGAAGCGCUUUUAUCCAAAUUCAAGUGGGGACAUGCUUUCGCCAAGGUGAAUGGUGGGUUACUGUCACGUUAUGCGAAAUGCAAAGACUCGGCCGACGUUGUCAAAGUACAAAACGAAUAUUUGGCAUCCUUGGAAGAAGACGAUCGCCGCAAGAGAGAAGCAGCUGAACAUGAACUCGAUAGCGACGAGGACGAUUUAUUAGUAGAAAAUAGAAAUAGAGAAACGGCAUUCACCGCAUUUGAUGACGACAGUAGCGAAUACGAUGAUGAUGAUGAUGAUGAUGAUGAUGACGAUGAAGAGGAAGAUGACGAUGACGAUGCAUCAGAGGAUGAAUUAGGCGACGACGAUACCGAAGAAGAGCAUGCAUCAGAAGAAGAAAUUUGCGACAAACUCGGCAAUACCCGUAUCCGAUAG